UGUCAGUGGGAGGAAUCGUGCCCUUCAUUGGUGAAUAGUACCCCGUCAGUGGGGAGAGGAAUAGUGCCCCAUCAUUGGUGUCAGCGGGAGGAAUAUCGCCCCAUCAUUGGAGUCAGUGGGAGGAAUAGCGCCCCAUCAUUGGUGUCAGUGGGAGGAAUAGCGCCCCAUCAUUGGUGUCAGUGGGGGAAUAGCGCCCCAUAUUGGUGUCAGUGGGAGGAAUAGCGCCCCAUCAUUGGUGUCAGUGGUAGGAAUAGUGCCCCAUCGUUGGUGUCAGUGGGAGGAAUAGUGCCCCAUCGUUGGUAUCAGUGGGAGGAAUAGUGCCCCAUCAUUGGUGUCAGUGGGAGGAAUAG